CGCUCGUCGUCCCUCCAUCUCGCAACGCACAGGUAGCGGAGGUAGCCUGGUCUGUGUCGCGGAUUGUUAUCGUCGCCGUUACUUAUGUUCCCACUCGCGCUGUGAAUAGUGUGAUUUCCACGUUUUCUAUUUCCAUUGCCUCGCACGCGCUCCCCGAGGGCCAGAUUCCCCGUGCUCGCGUCGCAUGAGGCACGGCGAGAUCGCUUGGUCGCUCACUCCCUUCCGUCGACGGGCACUCUCGCCGCCAGGAUGCCGAAGAGGAAACACCAGGCCCUCAUAGAUUCCGACAGCAGCGGGAGCGCGUCGGAGAGCGGCUCGGACUUGGACAAUGAUCUGUUGUCACUGGCAAAGAAAAAGAAAGGAAAGUCCCAAGAUGAUUCUCAGUCAAACGAGGAUAAUGCAUCUAUUAAGAAAGACAUCAAACACGAGUCGGAUAUAUCAGAUUCUGAUGAUAACUGGAAUAACAAAGCUGGAAAAACGAAGAAGAAAAAAGCGUCAAAGAGAAGCAAACGAAAGAUGACUAAGUCCAGCUCAGAGGACAGUGCCAGUGAGAAGGAACCAGCUAAACAGCUUUCAGAGCCAGAAGAAGGUGAGGUAUCGGAUUCCGAUCCGGGUGGUUCCAGUUCGAGCCAAGAAGAAUUCAACGAUGGCUACGACGACAAGCUCAUGGGAGACGCGGAGGAUCAGGCUAGACUUGCGCAAAUGACCGAGAAGGAACGCGAACAGGAAAUUUUCAAACGAAUCGAGCAGCGCGAGAUUAUGAAAACCAGAUUUGAAAUCGAGAAAAAGCUGAGAAUGGCCAAGAAGCAAGAGCUGAAGAAGCAGAAGGAAUCGAAAAAGAAGGAGAAGGGCGUCGAGGAGAAGCAGAAAAUAGAUCGGGCGCCGGAUCCUAAGGAGAGAAGUAAAGACCGCAAGAAGACGAUAGAGGAGAAGCAAGACAAGAAGUUCCAUGCGAUGUCGUUGCUCAAAGCUAGACGCGAGGAGAAGAAGGAACGAGAGGAAAAGGAGAAACAGAGGAUAGAGCAGCAGCAGCAACAGUCAAAGGACAUGGAGGAAGAGGAGUUGGACGACGAUCAUAAGAGUGGUGCGAACAAAACGAAACUCAAGGCCUCCGAUAUAUAUUCCGACGACAGCGGUUCGUCGGACAGCGGAGAGGAAGAGGAAGUCGCUAAACCGACGUCUCAGCGUCGAUCGUCCACGAGUGAGAGUCGCGAUUCGGAUUCCGACAACGAUAAAAAAUCGAUCACUAGCAGCAAAGCCAGACCCAAGAAGCCAGUGUACAUCAGUACUAAGGAAGAUCUAAACAAGAUUCGACUGUCCCGUCACAAGAUGGAGAGAUUCGUUCACCUGCCCUUCUUCGACCGAGUGGUGCAGGGUUGCUUCGUAAGAAUAGGAAUUGGCAACAACAACGGUAAACCUGUCUACCGAGUGGCCGAGAUAAGCGGCGUGUGCGAGACGGGGAAGAUUUAUCAGCUCGGCGGCACGCGGACGAACAAGGGGCUGAAGUUGCGUCACGGCGCGCAGGAGCGCGUAUUCAGGUUGGAGUUCGUCUCGAAUCAGGAAUUCACGGAUUCCGAGUUCUUCAAGUGGAAGGAGACCUGCGCGCUGCAGGGAAUAUCGACGCCCACGUUCGACGAGGUCGAGCAGAAGUUGAAGGACAUCAAGGAGGCGCUGGUGUACGAGUUCAAGGAGGAGGACAUAGAGAAGAUAGUGCGCGAGAAGGAGAGAUUCAAGCAGACUCCCUACAAUUACGCGAUGAAGAAGGCGCAGCUGAUGAGAGAACGCGACGCGGCCAAUUGCAGAGGGGACGACGAGACGGCCAGUCGACUUAAUCAGGAGUUGAGCGAACUGGAGGAGCGCGCGUCGGAACUGGAUAAGAUGCGCACGGCAACGAUUUCCAGUAUAUCGUACAUAAACGAUCGCAACCGCAAGAAAAACGUGGAGGAGGCUGAGAAGGCCAUAAUGGAAGAACUGAAGGCUAACAAGGGUAAGAAGGUCGACGACCCGUUCACCAGGCGAAGUACCAAGCCGAGGAUGGUGUACAAGCCGGAGGAUGACUCUGAAGUGGUGGCGACGAUUCCGGUAAAUGACAAAUCGAAUCCUCAUCCGGCUGGAGAUUCAGGGUCGGCUGACAAGGAGAAUGGGCAGGAUUCCAAGAAGAAGCAGAGCACAGAAGACCUGUUCAAUGCGCACGAUUUCGAUAUAACAAUCGAUUUGGAGGUUCCUAUUCCAAACAAUCCCGUUAGCGUUUUACCGAAGCCCAUUAAUAACAUCAAGGAUACAGGACCUCGCCGAUCGUUAAAUCUAGAAGAUUACAAAAAGAAACGCGGUCUUAUCUAACAGUGCAUACGUCUUUAAUAUCGUAGAGAUAUGAUAAGGCCACUAUUGUGUCGGAAGGUUGUCUAGCAAUUAAAAAUGUUAUCACCUCGUUUCGUCUCUGUCGAAUGUUCCGUUUAACAAGAACGGAGGGCACGUAUUCGUAAUGGUUGACUGAGAGAUUGUAGGUUAUUUUUAACAUUUGCAAUGUUACGACUAAUAGCGAAUUCAUCUAUUUAAUACGUUGAGUGGUUAACGGUUUGCUAAUUCUAUACACGCCGGAUUAACGCUGGUAUUGUAUUACAGUUACUUAUUAAUAAAUAAAGGAAUAUUAACGAAACAAACUAUACGAUACUUGAUGGCGUUUAGAAUUAAUAAUAUGAUGUCAGAUUAAUGACUAUAUCCGCGCAUUCGGAUAUGUAACUUUAUGUACGAUAUAUGGUCAUUGCUGUCAUAUUAACAUGUAUGUCACUUAAUUGAAGUUCCAAUACGCGCUCUUCAAUUCAGGUAAUUAUUCGCCGUAUAAAUAGAAUUGGUAACUACCACGAACAUUUAUCGUGACACUCAACGUAUUAAAGAGGUUCAAUUAAGAAGGUUCCAACGAAUCGGUUCCUAUUACAUACUCCAAAUAGCGAUGAUGCUGUUGCUAGAUGGAAAAUAUGAUCACAAAUGCAACGAUUGCAUCACACAGAGCAAUUGUUUGAUAAUUGCAGUACUUAAGGAAUAAGGUAUAUUAUUUGGUUUAUCGCGAAAAAAAUAUUAUCUUACGUUUUAUCACACAUCUUCCAAUACCAUAUAUGGUGGGAAAACUAUAUCUUAUACUUAACUGGAAAGGAAAGAGAGAGAGAGAGAGAGAGAGAGAAGAAACGAAGAAAGACAUAUUUGUACUGAAAUAAUGAAGUUAUUUACCAAAUAACUAAAAUACUUCGUACAAAUAAAAAUAUAUUGUUUAUAUAAGAAUUAACUUUAUGUUGUAAGUGAUAUAGGAUUUUAUGUUAUACACGAUAGAAUAAAGAUCAUGCUAAAAGGCCAUUUUAUCAAAAAAAAUACGUAUAACUUCAACGUAAAUACAACAAUACUAUACAUUAAUAUAAAUUAGAUACACUUAUAUCUUUUUAAUUGCACAUAUUCUGUACGUUUUACCGCAGGUGUAUUAUUCAUUAAUGUACAGUAUAUUGUCAUUUCAACAUCUCUCUCAAUUUACUGCCUAGAUACCAUAUAUAAUUCAUUAUUUUCUAUUGAGGAACAGCAAAACUUGUAUAUAAAUAUUUUUGAAUUAUAAUUUUUAUCGUUUGAGACCCUAUUAAUGCGAUAGUGAGAAAAAGUAUUUUUUAGCAAUAUCGAUUUUUUUUUCGUUUGAAAAAUUAAGAAACUAAAAUAGGUUAAUAUAACUGCCUGUCGCUUACGUAUUUUUUUAUUACUUUAAUAUCGCCGAAAAAGAUUGUGUCAAACGUACGAAAUAAUGUUUCGGUUUUAUAACUGUAUUUAUGACUAUGACAUGUAGAAAGUAUGUAUAAAACGAAUGUUACAUCGUAUUAUAUUAUAACAAGAC